AGUAACUAGUGGCUUGAGUUCUCCUACGCCUCUAUCCUCUUUCCUUCACCCUUUUCCAUCCACAAACUCUCUAAAGCCAAUCACUUUUUUUCUUCUCUCCUCAUUCCCACCAAUCCAAAGCUUCAGUUUUUAGCCUCAUUCAACAAUGUCAGCCUCUGCAGUUGCCUCUCCCUCCUCCUCCUCCAUCUCCCUGUCCAAACACUCUCAAAGAAACCCGCCAAUCUCUUCUCUCAACAAAUCUCUCAUUGCCCAGAAUCAGAAAAGUACAUUCCAUGGGAUUUCUCUGUGGGAAGGGAAGAGGGGAUACUCCGCGGUUGAAUUCAAGAAGAGUGGAGGAAAUAGAGCAACGGGAGGGUUGCAGAUUAAUGCGAAGACGGCUGGAGCUUCGAAGAGCAUCGAAGUCGAGGUUGACAAGCCUCUCGGACUUACGCUGGGGCAAAAACCAGGUGGCGGGGUCGUAAUUACUGCUGUGGAUAAUGGUGGAAAUGCUGCAAAGGCUGGACUUAAAGCUGGGGAUCAGGUUCUAUACACGAGCAGUUUCUUUGGCGAUGAACUCUGGCCUGCUGAUAAGCUGGGAUUCACCAAAACUGCCAUCCAAGCCAAACCUGACUCGGUUUACUUUGUUGUCAGCAGAGGUGCCGAAGUCAACGUGAAGCGCUUGCCCAAAAGGCCAGCUCCACCUCGUUUUGGUCGAAAAUUAACAGAAACACAAAAGGCCCGAGCAACCCACAUAUGUCUUGACUGUGGAUUCAUUUACACGCUCCAAAAGCCUUUUGAUGAACAGCCCGAUUCAUAUAUUUGUCCUCAGUGUAAAGCACCAAAGAAGAGAUUUGCGCCAUAUGAUGUGAACACAGGGAAAGCUAUUGGUGGUGGCUUGCCGCCUAUUGGAGUUAUUAUUGGGUUGGUUGCCGGGAUUGCGGGAGUUGGAGCUUUGCUUGUUUAUGGCCUCCAGUAAUUUUUUUUUAUUUUUUUUCCAAAUUUCAUUCUCCAUUAAACGUCAAGAAAUAGAAUGCGGUGCUUUUUAUCUUGUUCAUGAUCAUGUCACUAGCAUAAUGUUUAUUGCAUACCCAACCCACAAGUUUAUAAGUAAUUGUAAAGUUCGGAUUGUUGAGUUUGCUAAUUGGAAAGUUUCGUGAAAUUCUUAUGAGCACUAUUUUAUUUGUUGCCGA